CGAAUCUGCCAAUUCGUCACGAGAUCAUCCUCGACGAUGGGGCCCUCCGCGCGGAUGUAUUUACCGCAUGAGGGAGGAGGAACUCGAAGUGCUUCGAACGCAACUCGACGACCUCAUUGAUAAGGGUUGGAUUCACCCUAGCUGCUCGCCUUACGGUGCACCUGUUCUCUUCGUUCGGAAGAAGAACAAGGAGAUGCGCUUAUGCAUCGACUAUCGCAAGCUUAAUGCUCAAACCAUUAACAAUGUCGGCCCACUUCCACGUAUCGACGAUCUUCUCGAACGCUUGGGCGGCGCCAAGUAUAUCUCCAAGUUGGACCUCAAGGCCAAGUACCACCAGUUCGAGAUCCAUCCAAGAGACAGAUACAAAACCGCGUUCAAGACACGGCACGGGCACUUCGAGUGGGUCGUAAUGCCAUUCGGCCUCACGAAUGCCCCGGCCACCUUCCAAGCGGCAAUGACAACGGAGUUUCGCGACAUGUUGGACUGGUUCGUUCUCAUCUACCUCGAUGACAUCUUGGUGUCUAGCCGAACUUUGGACCAGCAAAACGUGCAUCUACGUGCUGUUUUGGACAGGCUUCGUAUGGCCAAGUACAAGGAUAACCGAGCCAAGUGCGAAUUCGCACAGCAAGAGCUCGAGUACUUGGGCCACUUUGUGAUGCCACAAGGCAUUCGUCCGCUUGUGGACAAGAUCAAGGCCAUUCAGGAUUGGUCGGAACCAACCAACACCACGGAGGUUCGCUCUUUCAUGGGAUUGGUCGGGUACUACCAACGCUUCAUCGGAGGAUACGCACGGAUCGCCGCACCUUUGUCCAGAUUGCAGUCUCCACAGGUGCCCUUCCCGUUCACCGACGAAGUCCGCAAUUCGUUCCACAAAUUGAAGACAGUGUUGCUCCUCGCCCCCGUCUUGAGUAUCUACGAUCCCACCUUGCCUACGAGAGUGACUACGGACACUUCCGGCUACGGCAUGGGUGCAGUUUUGGAACAACACGACGGAGUAGACUGGCAUUCGGUUGAGUACUUCAGCCAAAAGGUGCCUCCCAUCAACACGAUUGAUGAUACGCGGAAGGAGUUGCUCGCUUUGUCGACCCGCAAUCUCAACCCCUAUGGUGAGUUACGCCCGUUGCCUAUUCCAGGGGAACCCGGCCUCUCCAUUGCCAUGGACGUCACAGGCCCGUUCCCCCGGCACCGCUUCGGGCACGACGACAUUCUCACGGUCGUCGACCGUUUGAGCAAGUACGCACAAUUUCUUCCUCGCAAGUACCACGCCACGGCUCCGGAACUUGCACCCCUCUUACAUACCGGCUGGAUUUGCGACCACGACAUUCCGGAAGACAUCGUUAGCGACCACGACACUUGUUUCAUAUCGACAUUUUGGACCUCUCUCAUGAAAGAGUCCGGCACCGAGAUGAAACCAAGUUCGGCUCGGCAUCCGCAAACGGACGGGCAGACAGAGCGGGCACAUCAAACCGCUCAAGUAAUGCUUCGCACACUCAUCCGUACGGAUCAGAAGGAUUGGGUGGACAGCCUCCCCGACAUCGAGUUCGCCUACAACACUUCGGUGCACCCGACGAUCGGCAUGACUCCGUUCGAGUUACACCACGGUGGCCGCAAAGGCCGCAUCUUCGCUGAUCUUCCUUUUCCAAAGCCUGCUGACAUUGACGCCGCUUAUUCGCCCACCUCCGUUCGAAAGUAUAGGGACUUCCUGGCUAAAGCCCGUGCCAACAUGCAAAAGGCUCAAGUCCGCAUGCAACAACAAGCUAACAGGCGUCGUGUGCCAUGCUCGAUCCGUGUCGGCGACCUUGUUUGGGUCUCCACGGAAGAGUUUGCACUCAAGCAGGAUGUAUCCCGCAAGCUACUUCCAAAGUGGUUUGGACCAUGGCCUGUCACAUCAGCCGAGGGUGAUGAAACCGAUGGCCCCUCAUUUGUGAUCGAAAUCCCGUCGCAUCUCACGCUGCAUCUCACGGUGCACCCGGUUUUCCACGCCUCCAAGCUGGCCACAUAUACACCAGCCAAGAGUGACGACUUCCCGGGACGACGAUCACAAGACCCUCCUUCCAUGGAUGGUCAUCUGGAAGUCGACCGCGUCAUCACGCAUCGCAAGCACAACAACAAGCUAUGCAGUACAAAGUCACAUUCAAGUGGUGCGACCCCCAUGACACGCGAUGGAUUUCCCAGGCAGCUUUGCGAGCCUCCGCUACUGACAUCUACGCUCAUUAUGAGAAGGAACGGCUAGCGACGGAAGCUGCACAGCCUCCCACCCGGACUUCGGUCCCUCCCUCCACCAGACAGCUUCGCCCUCGAAGGUAAGCUCGGUCUUUCAAGGAGGGGGGAGUGUGGCAAACUCCGUACCACACGGGCCCAACAGAGC